GGAGGCUAGUUAGGCUAGCUAGGUAGAGCCGGGUAGUGACACAGCGGCCGUAUCAGGUAAAGGCGGGUGGGAAUUGACUGAAGCCUCACUGGAACUACAUUACCCGUCAAUAAGAAUGUCAGAAGGGGACAGUGUUGGGGAGUCAAUCCAUGGGAAACCAUCAGUAGUUGCAGCCUUUUUCACACGGGUUGGCCAGGUCUAUCAAUCAUGGCUAGACAAGUCUACGCCAUUCUACGCAGUGCGAUGGGCAACCACUCUUCUUCUUGCUGCUGUCUACAUGAUCAGAGUGUACAUACUGCAGGGCUGGUAUAUAGUAACAUAUGCUUUGGGAAUCUACCAUCUCAAUCUCUUCAUUGCUUUUCUAUCACCAAAAGUGGAUCCUUCACUGCUUGAGGAAGAUGAGGGCCCAUCCCUUCCCACCAAGCAGAAUGAGGAGUUUCGUCCUUUCAUCAGGAGGUUGCCUGAAUUCAAGUUCUGGCAUUCAGCAACAAAAGGCAUUGUCAUCGCCAUGAUUUGCACAUUUUUUGAUGCCUUCAAUGUGCCAGUGUUCUGGCCUAUACUUGUAAUGUACUUCAUCAUGCUCUUCUGCAUCACCAUGAAGAGGCAGAUCAAGCACAUGGUGAAGUACAGGUACCUACCGUUCACACAUGGAAAGAGGACAUACAAAGGCAAGGAAGACACAGGGAAAACGUUUGCUAGUUAAAAAAAAAAACACCCACCUCCCCUUCCCCUCCUCCUUUGAAAUUAAUCUGUCACAGCCAGUGGGGAGUGACAGGGGUUAGAGAUUUAUUUUCUUUUUUCUUUGAGGGACAGUAACACAAAGACAUGACGUGAAAAAUACAUUUUGAUCCAUGGUUCACAGUGUUUGAUAAGGAUAUGAGCAGCACGGAUCAAAAUUAUUUUGGGGAUAUUGCCUUUUUCUAUCAAGGGGUAGGAUUUUUUUUUUAAGUACAACAGUCUUAAAGGAUUGGUCUGCAUUUGUUCAGUAGUAGUUGAGACCUUUUGCCUUUUAACCCCAAGGGGUAAGUAUUUAGUCAUCAAGAAAACACCACUCUGGAAAAAAAAAUGCAGUUGAAUUUGUGACCCCCCCACCCCCACCCCCACCCCCACCCCAACAACGAGGAUUCUAGUACAUUUCCUUCUCUGAAGUGAAAUGAAUAUGCCAACUUUUGAUUAAUAUAUUGGUACCUACUUUUUUUGUAAUUCAUUAUACUUAAAGUCAGUAGUGUCUAUAGAAAAUAACAUGAUUAGAUAUCUAAGAUGAAACCUGAAGGAAAAGACGCAGUCCUGAAGUUAUCUAAGAGUGACACCUCAUCAUAAUUCAACAACUCAAAGAAAAACACUCAGUACAAAAAAAUUUAGUUGGGGUUUAUAUAAAUGAAAAUGGGAUCUCUGUGUAUAAACUAAUCUUAAAGAAGUUAUUCAUGCAGUUGGAUUAAAAUUUUCAGCCACCCAAUACUUUAUUGAAUGCAUUAUUCAUAUUGAGUGUCACUAACCCAAUCAGUUUUGUAGCGUAUAGAUUUAUUUUGAAUCAGUUUUACACUUUUGCGCCUAUGUAGACUUCAACAGAUGGGAUACUUUGUGCACACCCAAACCAUGGACAAAAUUCCCAGUGACAAGUCAAUUUACAAAAUUUACCUCUGAAUUCCUACACUUGUGCAGAGGCUGGAAAUGUACUGUCUCUAAAGUGAUACACCAUGAUUGGAGUACAAUUUAUGACAAGGUCUAAUCUAAGAAAGACUGAACAAUUGCAUGAUACCCAGACGGCCUUUGUUCUUUGAAACAUCCUCCCACCUUUGUUUCAAAGGCUGGGUUUUUUCAUUUGUGUAGACUAGCUGUUGUAGUCCUUAAUAAUCUGUGUAUACUUUGGAAGAAAAAUAUGGAAAAUAUAGUCAUUCCAAGCAAACUUUUGUUCUCUUUCUUUUGCAGAGGAAACAUAAGAAAGCAGAGAUUGAAAGCUUUUUUAAUAAGAAAUGGAUGAAGUGGGUGGCGAUCACAUUUUUCUUUUCUAUUCCUGUUAAUUUUUUUUUUUUAUCAAAAUGCUGGGGAUUUUCUGUCAUCAUAAACUUUGAUCAGCACUGUAGUGAGGGAUCAAAACAUUUUAUGUACAAAGUUUGUGUUACAAAAGACUGUCUGGAGGAUUUGUGUAAAUAUAUAUAUAUUUUAAAAUAAGAAAUUUUUGAGAUUAUUUUUAUUUUUGUUUUUCUUCCAACCACCAUACUGUGUCCAAGUGUUUGAAUCCAUCUCAAUUGGAAUUAAUGAAAGCAGAACUGAUAAAUUGGGUUCUUGAUUUGAUAAAUGAAAUAUGUUUUUCAUGGAUUGCAUGUUAUUGUUUUCUUGUGCUACAGUUAUAAACAAAAAAUUGAUUUUAAUAACUUAAGUGUAAUUUUUCACUCCAAAUGCUAUUAAAGAGGCUGUGUCCCUUCAAAAACUA